GACGCAACCGCGCCCUCUCCGGCCCCGCCCAGGGCCGCCAGGAGGAGCUGCGCGCAGACCCUCAUCCCCUCAGCCGCUAGUUACGGGGUGUCCGCGUAGCGCGGGACCCGCCGCCGCGACAUGUCGCAAAAGCCGAAGAGCCGGGGCCGCGCCGGCACCCAGGCCGAGCUGGGCAGCGGCGGCGAGGAGGCCCCGAGCACGUCCCGCGGGCCAGGCGGCGCCGCGUCGCAGGGCGGCCGGCGGGCCGAGGCUCCCCCCGCGCCGGGGCCGCGGUCGCAGAAGCAGCUGGAGCUGAAGGUGGCGGAGCUGGUGCAGUUCCUGCUGAUCAAGGACCAGAGGAAGAUCCCGAUCCGUCGCACCGACAUCCUGCGGCACGUGGUCGGGGACUACAAGGACGUGCUCCCGGAGCUGCUGCGGCGGGCGGCCGAGCGCCUGGAGUACGUGUUCGGGUACCGGCUGGUGGAGCUGGAGCCCCGGAGUAACACCUACAUCCUGGUAAACACACUGGAGCCGGUGGAGGAGGACGCGGAGAUGCGCGGCGACCAGGGCACUCCCACCACCGGGCUGCUCAUGAUCGUGCUGGGGCUUAUCUUCAUGAAGGGCAACAGCAUCAAGGAGACCGAGGUCUGGGACUUCCUGCGGCGCCUCGGGGUGCACCCCACCAAGAAGCACCUCAUCUUCGGGGACCCGAAGAAGCUCAUCACCGAGGACUUCGUGCGGCAGCGGUACUUGGAGUACCGGCGCAUCCCGCACACGGACCCCGUGGACUACGAGCUCCAGUGGGGCCCCCGCACCAACCUGGAGACCAGCAAGAUGAAGGUGCUCAAGUUCGUGGCCAAAGUCCACAAUCAGGAUCCCAAGGACUGGCCGGCGCAGUACUGUGAGGCUUUGGCGGAGGAGGAGGCCAGGGCCAGACCCCAGACCGGGGGCACGGCCCCAACCCCAGCCCCUUCCUCUUGAAACCUGAGACAGACUCGGAGAGACCCUGGGGAAGGGCUGGGGGUGGGAGGGAGCAUCUUGCUGUAACCCGUAAAUGUGUGUAAUAGUUUUAGGAUGUGUUUGCAAUCUUUUCUUCUUGUGAUAUUAUAAGUCACUUUGGUUCCGAAUUUUCAUUUAUAAAAAUAUUAGGGGAUGAUUUAUUUUGUUUUGGUUUGUCUUACUGUCUGUAUUUUUUUUAUUGGUAUAAAAAUCUUGCUAGCUUUAUAAAGCGAAUUGGAAAGUUUUGUACCAUGUUAUGGAAAUAGACAUUUAAAAGAAAGAACACCUCAGUAAGUUGCUUUCAUACCAGAGAAAUAAAACGAAGUGGCUCUUGUCUGGCCUCUGGACUGCUCAACUCUGUAAGGAAAAAUAAAAGUCUAUAAGUUGAAAACUAAAAUGUAACUGCCUAUAUCUCUAUUUAUCUUAGCAUAGCCAUUUUAAAAACAUAUUUCCCAUGUGUAUAAGUGUUAUGAGUCAUUCUAAGCAAUGUAUGCAUUGUAUUUUUUCCAGAUAAGUUUUUAUGUGGCUGACCAUUUAGUUCCUUUUUUUUCUGGGUUUUUUUUUGGGGGGGUUUUGUUUUUUUUGGUUUUUUUACUAUAGUUAUAAUAAACACUGUAUUUUUGAAGCAA